AUGGCUACUACCAAGCUCUUGAGUGAUGACGCGUGCCGCGUGUGUGGAAAAGAAGAUGAUGAAGAGUUUCUAAUGCUGUGCGACGGUUGCGACCGUCCGUUCCAUACUGCGUGUCAUCAAGGCUGCACUUGUUGCAUGACCAAGCCACGCAAUAACUUUGCACGAAAACCAGCAGUACCCGAAGGCGAUUGGUUUUGCAAAUUUUGUGCGGGUCGUAUUCCGUCUCUUGGGGAAGGGAAACCGCCAAUAUCUUCGAUUUUUGGGUGGGGGGACAAUGAGGAUGGGCAAUUGGCACUGCAAGACACAGCAACGACAGUGAUCUGGAAACCGACUAAGAUACAUGAGCUGGAUGGUAUUGGUGUCUUGGACAUUGCUUGUUGCGAGACGUGCACGUUUGUGCUUUGUAAUGAUGCAAAUUUGUACUCGGUGGGUACGGGUCUGUGCGGUCAAUUGGGACACCAGGAUGUUGUACAUGAAAAGCUGCUUCACUUUCGUUUAUUGGAAUCCAUGACUGAAGAAAAACGCUCUAAAGGCGAAGGAAGAUUAUCGCAGAUUCAUGCAGGCGCUAAUUUUGGGAUGGUCGUUACGACUGCGGGGCAUGUUUAUACGUGGGGAAAUGGCGAGUUUGGACAACUAGGUCAUCAAGAAAACAAGAAUAAGAAAGUGCCUAAGAAAAUUUCUGCCUUGAGGGAACUGGAAGUGCCUGUGGAGCUGGCUGCAUGCGGUGGUGAUUUUGUGAUCAUGACGACAAAAGACAAUGGUGAUGACGACCAAUUUAACACUAAAAUGCCGGGUGUUUUCAUGAGCAUGGGAUCCAAUACUCAAGGACAAUUAGGUGAUGCAUCCAGUAAGAACCAAUGGGUCCCACAGCUCCUCAACAAUGACGCUCCUGACUCUACCAGCACGGAAAAUGAGGACAUUAACGAGCCCGCAGAGUUCUUGCUAGGUCGUGAUAUCACGCAGCUAGCAACUGGUAGAUCACAUGCUGUCGCCGUUGUUGCCGGUACGAAUGGAAUCUGGACGUGGGGUUAUGGUGAUCGUGGUCAAGUCGGGCACCCAAAGCCUAUUGUACCUGCAGGACAAUCAAAGUUCUUCCGCUCACAAUUUCGUGUUCCUCGACCUCGAUUUGUCCAGGCCUUUAAGAACGCUGCAGUCAAGUUUGUUGCAUGUGGUGCCCAGCACACGCUUGUGGUCUUGCAAGACGGACGUCUAUUUGCCAUGGGAGAUAACGAGUUCGGUCAGCUUGGCAUAAAACGCAGUGAAACGUCAGAAAAGAAUUGCGUCUCGACGCCUGUGCAUGUCGCUGCCUUUGACGUCGACAAGAAUCUCAAGCAAAUUGGCUGUGGUGAUGACUUUUCAGUAGCACUUACGACCACAGGUGAAGUUUUCUCGUGGGGUCGUAAUCAGCUUGGCCAAUUGGGUCUCGGCAAGUCGCAAACUGGUCCACUGGACACGCCAACCAAGGUGUCCGAGCUUCCAGCUAUUCAAAAGCUGGCAAUCGGUAUCAACCAGGUCUUUGCUAUCGAAUUUACCAACGUGACACUUCCUCCUCCCAUCGUUCGUCUUCCUGGCAAAAGAGCCGGGUCCAUUGGAAAUACAAACGCCAAGAAAGCGAAAAAGUAA